AUGGAAUAUAAAAAUGUCACCGACAACUCCGGCAGUGGGCCAGUUGAUGACAGUGGUUUGCCAUUUGUCCUAAUGCCUGUCGUCGACAACGGAAAUAAAUUUGCCCGAUCUGAUCAACGAGAAGAAAAUGUAUCUUCCAACUAUCAUACUCAGGGCAACGUGACGGAAAAUGUUGAAUCCGAAAGAUCGCUUACCCCGGAUGACCUUUUCGAUAACAUUCCGUCCCCUAAAAUGCUAAACGAUUCUGAUGCGCAUCGCAGGAAUAACGUAUCACAAGCCCAUCACGAUCCCACGAACACGGGGGCUUCCGCCAAACAGCGAACGCAGAAAAGUGCCGGCAGGAAACGUAAAAAAAUUGCUUCUCAGAUCUCUGAUGCUACCCAGUUAUCUGCAAACAACAACUUAGUAACGCAUAAGCGUAGAACACGAUCGGUGGAAAAAUCUUCAGUGAAUACCAAGAGAGCUACUGGACUUAUGCCUGUUCCCAAUUGUAACACAGCAACCAUCACAUCGGUCGGCUUGUCCCCCUCUGCCGGCGGACUUGAAAUCGACCUCACCCACCCAGUGUCCAGCAAUGGCGCAGAUAAGCCGCCACGCAAGUUGGGGUCAACGAAAUUCAGGCAACCUUACGCACGUUUGGUGACUGAGGGAGGAAACACUUCUUUCGAGAGCAAAACGCCGACAAACUUGGACACGCUGCUCGCGUCAUUUUCCUUUCCAUUACAGACUCAAGGAAAUGAAAACGCUUUGCAGAUAUCCAGAGCUGCAGUGUUACAACGCAUCCUAAAUCUUAUUCAAGACAGUGAAGAGUUUUGCAAUAAUUAGAUCAUAACUCUUGGA